GAGUUGGCAGCACUGCCAUUUGUUUUUGGCCGUCGAAAAAUUGCUCGCAAACGUUUAUAACAAUUUUAAAGUUAAAAUGGCCACAAAACGACCCAAUAAUAGUGUGGUGCUUGCACAGGACCCAAAGCGCAGUAAAAGCGAACUUAUUGCAUACACAAAUCGCGAUAAGGCGCUGCUGGAAGCGGGCGUGCGUCGCACUUCGAAUCUGGAGGCGCCCAUAAUGCAGCUGGAGGGACAUGAGGGCGAAAUCUUUACCACAGAAUUCCAUCCGGAGGGGGAAAUGUUGCUCUCUUCCGGUUUCGACAGGCAGCUGUAUAUCUGGCAAGUGUACGGGGAGUGUGAGAAUAUAAUGGCCAUGUCUGGUCAUACGGGCGCCGUAAUGGAGGCUCACUUUACGCCGGAUGGUUCGCACAUUUUCACCUGCUCCACGGAUAAGACGCUGGCCAUUUGGGACAUUGUGACGGGUCAGCGAGUGCGACGCCUCAAAGGACACACGAACUUUGUGAACAGUGUGCAGGGUUCGCGGCGGGGUCAGCAGUUGUUGUGCUCCGGCAGCGAUGAUCGCACCAUACGCAUCUGGGAUGCGCGUAAAAAGCAGGCUGCCCAUUGCCUGGAAUCGCCCUUUCAAGUGACAGCGGUUUGUUUUGGCGACACCAGCGAACAGAUCAUCUCGGGUGGCAUUGACAAUGAGCUGAAGAUUUGGGAUAUACGCAAGCAGCAGGUGUUGCAUCAUUUGCGCGGACACACGGACACCAUUACGGGUCUGUCGCUGUCGCCGGAGGGCGAUUUUGUGCUCACCAAUGCCAUGGAUAACACGCUGCGGGUGUGGGAUGUGCGUGCGUAUGCGCCCGGCGAGCGUUGCGUCAAAGUCUUCCAGGGACAUCAGCAUAAUUUCGAGAAGAAUCUUUUGCGUUGCGCCUGGUCACCGGGCAGCGAUAAGAUUAGCUCCGGUUCCGCCGAUCGGCAUGUGUACAUCUGGGAUGUGAACACCAGGCGCAUUCUCUACAAGCUACCCGGGCACAAUGGCAGCGUUAACGAUGUCGAUUUCAGUCCGCGUGAGCCACUGAUUCUCUCCGCCUCCAGCGAUAAGACUUUGUACCUGGGCGAAAUCGAAGAUUAGUCUGAGCUCCACUUUUUAAGCAACAACUAUAGCUAGUUUUAAGUCCAAAUAAAGUCGAUGGAAAAAAGCUA